AUGUUUCUACCAAAAAACACUACUACCUUGAUACAGCCCCUCGAUCAGAAUGUAAUAAAAACCAUGAAAAUGCACUAUAAAAAACGAUUAUUAAUGGAUAUAGUGAGUGACGCACAAAGUGACAUUUCAGAGGCUUUGAAAAGGUUUGAUAUUAAAAAUGCAUUGAUAAAUUCAGGCUAUGCUUGGGAUCAAGUAUCAACUUCCAGCAUUAUUAAAUCGUGGAAAAACGUUUGGCCAGACAAUCCUUUAUUAGAACAGUUACCAGAUAAUCAGGAUGAAACUGACGAACAGUUUUUAGAUUCUCUGUCUCUGGUUUGUUCCUAUCAAAAUGUCAAGUUUAGUUCGAAUGAGGGACUACCGCGUGAAGACUUAGAAAAAUGGUUAUUAGAGGCAGAUCUUAAUGCCGAUUUCACCGAUGACGAGAUAAUUGAAGAUUUCACGGCAGCUCAAAAUGACCCGGAAGAUGCAGGCCGCACAAAUGACCAGGUUGAGGUGUCUUCGACGCAAUUCACUGUCAGCAGUGACGAGGCCACUUUGGCUGCUACGACACUGCUACGCUGGUCACAAGAACGUGGUGUUGAUAUGGAAACUGUACUCCAGCUUAAGAAGGUCCAAGAAAAAGUGAUUGCCGAGUCUUAUAAAAGAAAAAAACAAAAAAGUAUUCUCGAUUACAUAUGUUAA